AUGGUUCGAUCGACUUUUCUUUCCCUUUCUCUCCUUUCGCUCUUCGCGGGACUGGGUUACUCGGCACGCGAUGUUGUCGCAGACUUCGAAAAUUCCCCCGAGUACGACGCCCCAGUUGGUGUCAACUCCGACAUCCUCUUCACUAAUUUCAACGUCGUUGAAAACUCUGGCGGACUAGCCGCAUCCGCCCGACUACCAGUCAGCGACGAGUUCAGCCCUCCUGCUUUGGAAAUCCUCUACCCGGGCUCAGAGGUCGCUGGGUUCAAACCUCAAGAACUCAAAUUCGGCUGUCAAGUCCAUGUCCCCAACGAAGGCGCUACGCCAAUGAUUUGCAAGGUUGCCUUCACACCUUAUGUCACAGUGUCCAACCCUGAUGGCACACAAUCUCUUCAGGCUUUGGAUUCGCAGGAGGAAGAGUCUUACCCUGGACUUAUUAGUGCGGCUGAUGGGAUGAAGAAGGCUACUUUCAACCUUGAGAACGAUAUCACUCGACUUGUGAUCACGAUCUCAGAAAAUGAGACGUUUUUGGCGGGUUUGUUGACUGGGAUGCCUGGAGCUUAUUGUACGAUUGUGAUUGAUGAUGUCAAAUAUGCCAUUACCGAGAAAUAG